ACACAGCCUGCUCCGGCCCAGCGGGACCGCACGGCUGCGGCCCCGGGCGGGUGGGACAAAGAGCUGCAGGCGAUGCCUGCACAGGCUCCCGGCGGCCAUCGCAGGGGUCACCCCGAACUGCCCCCGAGCUGGCAGCGCGGCGGGAACAUCCUUCAGGCCCUGGGGAGGGCCUGGGCGAGCUCGGCCGGACUAGCAGAUCCGGACAGACACAAGCCCAGCGCACCGAGGCCUGCGAGCUACCGCCGCCAGGCACGGCAGCCGCACGCCACCCCCGCCGCCUGCAGGGCGCCCGCCGCUCCACUGCCUCCAUCGGCCCGCGGCUGCGUGAACGCGCGCGGCGGACGGCGGCCGGCAGGGGCCAAGCAUCCUCGGGGCGGGGCGGCCGCUGCCACCGCGCUGGGCGGCCGUUCCCGGCUCCUCCGUCCCGGUCCCGCCGCCGCCCGGCCAUGGAGCUGUGGCAGGUGCCGCUGCUCUUCUCGCGCCUGCCCAUGUUCCCCUUCUUCGACCUGGCGCACUAUGUGGCCUCCGUCAUGGCGCUGAAGGAGCAGCGGGGAGCUGUGGAAGUGUCAGUCCGAAGUCCAAUUGCCUGUUGGUUUAGUGCUAUGCUUUAUUGCUUUGGUGGCUCAGUUUUGUCUUCGUUGAUGCUUGCAGAACCUCCAGUAGCAUUUCUGGCAAAGGGCACAAAUGUUCUACUGGCAUCUUCAGUCUGGUAUCUUUUCUUUUACUGCCCACAAGACCUAUUCUACCGGUGCUUUGCCUUUCUGCCUCUUCGGCUUCUGGUUGCAGGAAUGAAAGAAGUGACUAGAACUUGGAAGAUAACAGCUGGCGUUGCACAUGCAGACAGUCACUUCAAAGAUGCCUGGCUUGUCAUGGUAGCUGUGGGCUGGGCCAGAGGAGCUGGUGGUGGCCUAAUUUCCAACUUUGAGCAGCUGGUGAGAGGAGUGUGGAAACCUGAAACCAAUGAACUACUGAAGAUGUCCUACCCUGUGAAGGUAACUUUGAUAGGAGCAGUUCUUUUCACCCUGCAACACAGCCAGUACUUGCCAAUAGCAAAACACAACCUCGUGUUUUUAUAUACCAUCUUUCUCAUUGUCUCCAAGGUAACAAUGAUGUUGACAAGAUCUUCCACAUCUCCAUUCGCUCCCUUUGAGGCUGCAUUAGGCCACAUGUUCUUUGGCUUGCAAAAGACACCAUCCAAAGUGAAGGGUGAAGGUACUGCAUCUUCCAAUGGCUCUUCAGCUUGUGACCAGUCUCCUCCUGAACAGCACCGGGAUGGUGUUAAGAAAAGACAGGCAAAGAAAACAGAAUAAGUGGCUUAAAAUCCUUGAUGGUCAUAACCUAUGAAGAUGCUUGUAUUUCAGAUUAGAAUGGCUGAGAAAUUAGUUUAAAGAGAGGAGACAACAGGGCUGUAUUCUAUUGUGGCAGUGUUCAACUUCGGAAUGAAUAUUGUAAGCUACUGUUCAGAUGUCUAAAUGCACAAGUUGGAUUUUUAAGUUUAAAAACUAUAAAUUUUUAUAGUGGUUUUCAGUUUACUAAAUUUUGUAUUUAUGAUAACAUCAAAUGCUAACACGCUAAAAAGAUAGUUUGAAAAUGUGACAAUCAGCUUUGUUAUUUUUUUCUGAUAUAUCUCUUGUUUCUACCUCUUCCUGCCCCCGCCACACCCCUCAAUUUUUAUUUUUCAUUUGGAUAGGAUGGAUUUGCACUGCCAAGUGUUCACAGUUGCAUGUCCCAGAUAGGAAAGAAAGGCUUAAUCAGAUUGCACUGUAAAACCAUGAAAAUAUACCAAACUAAUGCCUUUAACUAGAAAAAUAACUGAAUUACUCUCACAAGUCACACUGCACUGGUCAUAGAUUUUCUUCAUUUACUUAAGUAAAUAUGAAAAAUAUUUACUUAAUACUUAAGUAAAUAUUUUUCAUAUUUUUCUGUUUUUUAAAGUAAGUGAAUUAUCUGGCACUUUAAAAAAUCUUCACAGUUAGGAAGUAGAAACAUUUCAAUAUUUAAUUGUUAGCUUACUUUGGCACUUUAUUUGCAAGCAUUUGAUAUAUAGUUGUUCUUCUUGUUAUUUACAUGUGGUUUGUAGUUAUCUUUCAGUUUGACUGGGACUAGACAUCUCCAUCUGCACUUUUAUCCAAGCAUACGCAUUUAUUUUUCAAAAAACAAUACUAGACAGUACAUUGAUCUUGUUUCUCAUGAGUUCACCCCUAUUAUGCCUGCUGUUAAUAAAUAGCAGCACUAGUUUACAGCAUUACCUCUGGUGCUUUUGAGGAAGAACUAUUAAUAUUGGAAUCACUGGAACUAUUUAUUAGUGUUUGCUGAAAUCUGCUGCUUCCUGCUUGUUGCAUCUUUUUUUUUGCACAUAGUGUGGAGCAGCUGUAAAUGGCAUACACUUCAGAACUGAAGACUUUGACAUUUUCAAGAUGUCGCGUUUCAUAAGAAUAGAAUCUUUUCAUAGGAGUAUUUCACUGAUGUGCCAAUUUUAGAAUAAAUUAAACUAUUUUUACAGAAUUAGAUUGUCUUCAGAGAGUACUGCUUUGAAAGAGUAUUCUUCAGCAAGAGGAUGUGGGUUAAUCCUUGUGCAGAGAUGCCAAGGACAGUGUGGAGGGGGAUCUGAUUUGAAAAGGCGAAGUUCUAGUUCCAGGUACAUAUCCAAAUUUAGAAAAAUUGUCACCACUGCUGUGCUUAGAGAGAAGAAAAGAAAAGUACCCAAGAAAUUUCUUGUGCCUUUCUAGUCAUAUUUCCACGGUAGUGACCGAAACUAUUGAAUUCUUCAGUUUGGAAUCCAGCUUUAUAGCAAAUGUACUGUCGUGGACAAAAUAUAAAAAAAAUCUUGUAUCAAUAAAUAUCAAUUGUAUUUCUGACAUUUUACACUGGAACUCGGUAUACAGCUAUAAAUAGUUAGAGUUUUCACUUGCAGGGUGUCUCAGUUUUUUUGUAGCUUGAUACUAUGGGUGUAUGGAUAAACUUGAAGCUGCCAACUAACUAGUUAAUGAUGAACUAGUUAUUGAGCAACACCAGCAAAAGUUGUAUGUCCCUAGUUUUUAAAACUUCUGGAUUUUUUUUUAAAAGGGGGAAUUAUGUACACUAGAUCACAAGAGCCAUACGGGAUUGGAUUGUGCUAUGGAGCUGUGUGGCACAGCUGUGAAAUACUGACUGGUAACUGGCUACUCUUAGCCCAAAUAAAUGUGAAAAUAGGCUUAGACUAAUUCUUUAACAAGUUUACAAUUUGAAGGAAAAUACAUGGCUUUGUAUUAAUUUUGGAUUUACAGAUGAUAAUAUUAAAAUAAAAAAUGUUUUUCUUGAUUGAACACCAUAACAGAAAAACAAGUCACAAUAAAAAUGUAUAUUAUUGU